AUGGGAUCCGGCUCUUCCAAGCCAGCAGCAGCGCCUACAUCCCAAGUAUGGACGAGCGACACGCCCGUCCGUUUCUCGAAUGGGCUGGUUGAUUCCCUGCAAUCGAGUCCGGAGACUGAUUCCACCCGAGCCAAAACCCUCGAACUACACAUCCAAUCGCGCGUCAACAGCGAACUAAAACGCCUGCAAGAGCAAGCGGCCAAAGAAUACGAAGAGCUGCAAUCCAAGAUCUCGGCACCGGAACCCGAAAAGAAGGGAAAAUCGGCAGGCGACACCUUGAGGGAUCUAGGCAGAGAGAGCGUGCAGAAUGAUGUCAAGGAGUUGAAGAAGAAGCUGGAGCAGAGGAAGAAGUUGGCGGGUUUGGAUGAGGGAGUUGAGAAGGCGAAGAGCGAGGUUGUUAGGUGUUUACGGGACAACGAUCGCAGACCGCUGGAUUGCUGGAAGGAGGUGCAGACUUUCAAGGAUGAGGUUAGACGGUUGGAAGGCGCGUGGGUGGAGAAGGUUGUGAGAUAG